GUCAUGCCACAUUACUGCCCUGUAAACUUUAACCUCUUCCGUUGUGAAAACGCAAAUUUUGCCGUCUGUCUGGGUGGAGCUAUUGCCACGGAGCUGAGCUCUUGAACUCCGUGAGAUAAUCCCGCUGUGACUCAUGCUAGGAGUGGUGCGCCCAGUCGUGUUCACAGAUUGUGGAAACGUACACAUUUCGUUUAUAUCUUUCUCUACUGAAACCACCAUUAGCACCAGGUACUGUCAAACGGUGUUUAGACUUACUUUCGGCAAAAGGCGUCAUCUGAACCCGCUUAACCGGCUCCAAGAUCCACAGCUGAUGUAUCUCUACCAGCUCGUCAAUUCGACACAUCGUUUCCUGACAAUCUACAGUUUCUACACGCGAUUAGAGAAAGCAGUUCUCUUCCGACGAACUAGCUAUGUGGAUUUGGAUUAGGCUUUACCGGCAGGCGUAUCGACUGAGAACAGAGCCUUCAUCGUUGUGUGAGAAAUUUGGAUCAUCGAUACGGCGCGGAGCACAGUCAUGAACCAGGCUUCAACGGCCAUUGUCUUCACAUCUCCGUUCUAAGAAAACUUAGCCAAGAAAUCACUACCUGGCUCCUCAGCGUGCGACACUGUUACUAAUUCACUCGAGAUUCUAUCACACGCGGAGGUGUUGCUGUUGCCGCCCUGCUGCCGGGAAGCCGACAAUGCUGUCUCACUUCGCAGAACUUGGCGAGCUCACGAGAAGUCAAUUGCGCCAGAUUUCAGGAAAGAUUGUCUGGUUUAGGGAUCAGACCAGGCGAUGUCCAUGCGUAACAAGGUGCUGCGGACAUCUCUCACGCAGUCGCGAGAUAUUGCCGUUCAUCAUUAUUUAAAACCAGAAGAAUCUGCAAUUACUGUGUCGGCGUUUGGUUUAUGUAUCUAAGGGCACCAUCCUUAAAAGCUAAAGCUUAUGGGUUUUUCCUUGUACGAUACAAGACCUGGGUCUUGUAUCGUACAAGGGAAUGUUCAAGUGGAAAGAAUGGAGCCAGUAAAGACAAGAAUGUAGAGAAUGGAUCAGGCGGAUUUCUCGGCCACGGGUUAAAAGCCCCCGCGAGGUUUCAAUUGCUGGAAUUUUCGAUUGAAAAUCGGAACCCAAAUUGAAAUGGAAAAUUCCAGUUCAGAUACAUGACUCUUGUGCGUGUUGGCUUCGUUUUCACCUGGCUUCAUUCACAUGUACGAUGGCACGAGAUAUGCCAACUUUCUUUGGCAUGAGAGUGUUCCAAGAUAUUUUUCAGCGGCAAUGUGAGAUUCAUAUCUUUCCUCAUAUUUCGGAAUUUAUAAAUAC